UGCCAGUCCAAUCAAAUCGAGUCGCCAUCUUCGCUUCGCCACCGCCGCCAACAUCAUAACAUGAUUAACGUUUAAAAUCUAAAAGUGAAAUAAAACCGGUUUUCUCUAAAUUUUCGUUGAAAUUACCAAUAAGAAAUAUGGGAUCAUAUUUGUCCAAGCCAAUUACUGAAAAAAUAUCCCUGGACAAGUCCAAUGACAAAUUAGUUUGUGGUUCCAGUAGCAUGCAAGGCUGGAGAAUCAGCCAAGAGGAUGCACACAAUACAAUCCUUGAUUAUGACGAGAAUACUUCAUUUUUUGCUGUCUUUGAUGGACAUGGGGGCCAUGAGGUAGCUAAAUACUGUGAACAACUGUUGCCACAGUUCAUCAAGGAGACAGAGGCUUAUAAAGAAGGAAAUGUGGAAAAGGCCUUGAUUGAUGGAUUUUUGGGUUUUGAUGCCACAUUAGCCCAGCCCGAAGUUAUUGCUAUUUUGAAGGAGAUGGCUGGUAAGAAAGAUGGUGAAGAGGAUUCGGCAGAAGAGGAAAACAUGAGCCACCUUUUUAAAGAAGCUUCCCAGCCCAUUGUUGAAGUUUUACAAAAAUAUGGAACCCUGGACCAUGCAUCAAUAAGACGCUUGCGUAGCCACGAAAACCAAGCUAAAUCUCCGAUGAUCAAUGCUAAAAAAGAAGACCAAGUUUCAUCAUCAAGUUCAAGCUACAAUAGUACCAGUUAUACUGAAAAUGGUUCCACAAGUAAAGCCGUCAAUAAAACCACUAGUAGUCAUGAGAGUGAAGAAAACGCCAAUGAAAAAGAUCUAUCAAAUGACAUUAGUACUAAAACGAAACCUAAUGAAGCAAUGGAAACAGAAAAUAAGGAUGAAGUGAAUGGUAGUGGUAACAGCCUAGAAGAUUCCGAAGAAGUAGCAUCCAAGAGUACUAUUCCAGAAAUCACAGUUACUAGCUCUGAUAGUUCCGAAACUAAAGAAACCAAUAGUGAGGAUAAAGAAACUAAUAGUGAGGAAAAUGAAAAAGAUAAGGCAAAUAAUGGUAAUAGUCCGGACAAAAACCAAGGAGUAGAGCAGGAAAAAUCAGAAACCCCAGUUUCAUCAAAGGAUGAUAAUUCAGAAACUCAAGAUAGUAAGGGCAUCCCUAUGAAAAAUGGUGAGGUCUGCCAAACACCUAAUAAGUCUAAAGGUAAAUCACCUAUGAAAAAACCACUAAAACCUCAAUCAACUAACAGUCCUAUCGAUGCAGCCAAUCAAUUGUUUAAGAAAUUUCUGGAAAGUGAAGACAUUGAAGAUACAGAUGAUGAAUCGUUUGUUGAGCCUGAUGAUAGUUCAUCAGAUGAAGAGGAUACGAUUAUGAAAGGCGCCGCAUCUGAUGAAGACAGUACGGAGGGAGAAGAUGAAGCAGACGAUGAAGCAGAAGACGAGGACGUUGAGGAGGAGGAGGAUGAAAGAGAUGAUGAUGAUGAAGACGAGGACUCGGAUUUCACUGAAAACAUAAAAGAAGAACCUGGAUCUGACAGUGGAUGUACUGCAGUAGUAGCCAUCCUGAAAGGCUGCGAUUUAUAUGUGGCUAAUGCUGGGGAUUCUCGAUGUAUUAUUUGUAGAAAUGGUGAAGCCAUUGACAUGUCUGCUGAUCACAAGCCAGAAGAGUGGUUAGAAAGGUCGAGGAUACAAAAUGCCGGAGGUAAAGUGACGAACGAUGGCAGAGUCAACGGUGGACUAAAUUUAAGUAGGGCCAUUGGAGAUCACGCAUACAAGCAAAACAAAGAACUCUCUGAUAAAGAACAAAUGAUUACAGCUCUUCCAGAUGUUAAGAAAGUUACGAUAAACCCUGCAGAAGACGAAUUUAUGGUACUUGCUUGUGAUGGUAUAUGGAACUUCAUGACCAGUCAAGAAGUUGUAGAUUUUGUGCGAGCCAACUCAGCUAAUAAAGAUAAACUUUCGCAGAUAUGCGAGGAGAUGUUUGACCACUGUUUGGCUCCUGACACAUUGGGAGACGGUACUGGCUGUGACAACAUGACAGCCAUAAUUGUCAGAUUCAACAAUACAAUGAAGAAACGCGCCGCAAGUCCACAGAGUGAAGCUGGCUCGGAAGCGCCCGACACAAAACGUCAAAAGACUGAAGAAGAGAAAGAAAGUGCAGUCUCUAGCUCUAGUGCUGCCUCUAGCUCUAGCUCCUAAAAAAAAACAAAAUCCAGUGUAGAUAAAAAAUAAAUAUUUUUGGCCUACUUCAGAAUAAUGCUUGUUUCUUUCUAAAAUAAAAAAAAAAUAGAUGCGGGUCUCUUAAUCGAAGAUCGAAGCAAGUAAUUAUAGCUUUGUGGAAAAGCACACAGGAAUAACGUAUAUGUAUUUUUUAAUUUGAUAAGUUUUUCAUAAAAUUGGAGGAUGUUUUAUUUAAUUGUUUGAAUGUUGAGGGUGGUUUUGAUGGGCUCAUUUCAUUUUAUUUUGUUUACAUUGCUGAAAAUCUAUUCAAUUUUGUUUUAUUUUUGUUAACAAAUUGACCUCAUAAUAUCUGUUUUCAAAGUUAAUUUAGUCUGGAUUGUAUUGGAUCAUAAUUAAGUACAAAACUUUUCUUGAAAACUUGCUGUCUGUCAUUGAUGAGCCUAUUGAAAUAUUUUUUGUACAAUACAUUUUGUUAUACUAUUCCAAGAUUAUUGUAACUGAAAAGUUUUCAAAAAAAUGUAUAAUGAAAAUCGUAUGGUCAAUGCAUUCCAUUCUUAUAGCCAGUCAAUUGAUUAUUAUUAAAGGUCCUAUAUGGUGAAGGCUUACAAUAUAUUUUUUAUACUUCGACUAAAUGUAAGUCUUAUGAAAACCAUUUAGUUACAAUAAUUAUGAUCCUUAAGUUAAGCAAGUAUUCUUUAUUUAAGCUUUUUUACACUUUUUGUCUCUGAUGCCUUCGAAACAGGGUUAAAAGUAACAUGGGAUCAGACAGAAAAUUUAUUAUUUAUUCAGGUUUUUUCACACUUUCUAUUUCUGAUGCCCCAAACAGGGUUACAAGUUACAAGGCAUCAGACAUAAUUGUUUUGUUACUUUUUACUUUAAGUUUAUCAAUAAGAUUCAUAUUUAAUCGUUUUCUCAAUGUUUUUGCUCUACUUAAGAAUACAGUUUUCUUUAUAA